AAAGGUUUCUGAAAUGCUGACAGCCACGUUUGUCUUUGGACUUGUGUUUCUGUGUAGAUAUCAGUACUACAGUGUGCUAGCCUUUAUCUCUUUUCAGGUUUACUGCCAGGUCUUAGCAGUAAUCCAAUCUUUCCUAAUCCAUCCCUGCCCUCCUCCCUGACAGGCUCUGACUCUCAGACACGUAGGCUUCUUUUCUUCCAUUAGGACCAACAACCAUUCAUGUUGUUGGACUACUGUUGUCGCUGCUGUGGAUUCACACUCAUAAAACGCCAUGGGGCCUUCUCACUCAAGACCACACCCUCUGAAACCUGGGUGGUUCUGCAGAACCUGCUGAUGUGCAUGGUGUGCUUCUACUCCCUGUACUACAUUGCAGUCAGUCUCUGCAUCGGACUGUUCAGGGUUCAUGAGAUCAACAGCUUGAUGGCUCCCUUUGACUACACAACCCAGCCAUCAUGGCAGAGCCCCAAAUACAUGGAAGUUGUUUCCACAGAAGUGACAUAUGUUUUGGGAGGCCUGGUGUUUGCCUGGAUCGUGGAGGAGUGGGUCUGGGAUUACGCCAUAACUGUCACAUUGCUGCAUGUUGCCUUGACAGUAGUAGUGAUGUCAGAUUUCCCCUCAGCCGAGCAUUGGUGGAUUGCUUUGGGUUCAGGCUUGGUGAUGAUGAUAUUUGGAGGACAGCUUCUGGCCUACAAACUCUUCAGGAACAACUUUGUCUAUCCAGCCGAACUUCAAAACUUCUGAUGUAAACUAGCUUUAACCUGGUUAUUGUCAGGUGAAGUCACAUUGCUUUCUGACUCUCCAACAAAACAUUGUUUUUCCUUGUUUUCAGGAACUCAAGCAAUAAUAAUGUUGAAGCAACCACAUUUUUCUCUUUGUAUAUUUUUAAGAUUGUAACUAUAGAGAAGUAUCAUAUCCAAAUUAAACACUGUAUCGUUAACAAAGUCAUUUAAAAUGCUCCACAAACUAGAGUUGAAUAAAAUCAAAAAAAUAUUUUGAGUGUUAUUACAGACCCAGCUUGAUCGAAUUAGUCUUCUCAUAAUAUCUCUGUAUUGAACUUUCUCAAAUGGGAAAUGAAAUCGACUGAAUCGGAUGUUUUCUACUCUUGUUGGAACUAGAAACAAAUAGACUCAUUAAAGAAUCGUCUUAAUUAAAUGA